GAGCGCUCCAUGGCAACCAGAGACCGACCAACAGCGACCUGUUGCUCAACAAAAAUAAGAUAAAAAUAACAAUUCAUCUGGCUUUUGUCUGGUUACAAUGUGAAAAUGAGAGCCGUAAAAGUAUGGCAAGAGCCAGGCCGGGAACGCAUUUAUGACCUUGCCUUCAAGCCAGAUGGAAGCCAGAUCAUAAUAGCUGCAGGGCUUCGUGUUCUGGUCUGUGAUGCAGCAGAUGGAUCAAUUAUCCAGCCUUUAAAAGGACACAAAGAUAUAGUGUACUGUGUGGCCUAUGCCAAAGAUGGUAAAAGGUUUGCUUCAGGGUCAGCUGACAAAAGCAUUAUCAUUUGGACCUCUAAACUAGAGGGUAUUUUAAAGUAUACCCAUAAUGACACUAUUCAGUGUGUUUCAUACAACCCAGUCACUCACCAGCUUGCCUCUUGCUCAUCUGGUGACUUUGGUCUGUGGUCACCAGAGCAAAAAUCUGUAAAUAAACACAAAGUGAACAGCAAAAUAACAUGUUGUGGGUGGACUAAUGAUGGACAGUACCUUGCCCUUGGCAUGAUGAACGGAGUGGUGAGCAUACGGAACAAGAAUGGAGAAGAGAAGGUCAAAAUUGAGCGCCCUGGAGGCUCCUCCUCUCCGAUCUGGUCCAUAGCCUGGAAUCCCUCUAAGGACGAACACAAUGACAUUCUGGCUGUGGCAGACUGGGGUCAAAAGCUCUCCUUCUACCAGCUAAGUGGAAAGCAGAUUGGAAAAGACAGGAUGCUAACCUAUGACCCGUGUUGCGUCAGCUACUUCUCAAAGGGUGAAUAUAUAGUGAUGGGUGGCUCCGAUAGACAGGUGUCCCUGUACACUAAAGAUGGCGUGCGGUUAGGAACCAUUGGAGAGCAGAAUACCUGGGUGUGGACAUGCCGAGUUAAGCCUGACUCCAACUUUGUGGUGCUGGGCUGCCAGGAUGGGACCAUUGCCUGCUACCAACUUACCUUCAGUACUGUUCAUGGCCUCUACAAGGAUCGUUAUGCUUAUAGAGACAGUAUGACCGAUGUCAUGGUCCAACACCUCAUCACGGAGGAAAAAGUGAGGAUCAAAUGCCGUGAGUUGGUGAAGAAGAUUGCCAUCUACAGAAACCGUCUCGCUAUCCAGCUACCUGAAAAGAUCGUCAUCUAUGAGCUGUACUCGGAUGACAUGAAGUACCGCGUCAAGGAGAAAAUUUGCAGGAAGUUUGAAUGCAACUUGCUGGUGGUCUGCUCCCUGCAUAUCAUUCUGUGUCAGGAAAAGAGACUACAGUGCUUGUCCUUUACCAAUGUAAAGGAGAAAGAAUGGGUGAUGGAAUCUCUAAUCCGUUACAUCAAAGUGAUCGGUGGUCCGCCUGGCAGAGAAGGCCUACUUGUGGGGUUAAAGAAUGGAGCUAUCCUGAAGAUCUUUGUCGACAACCCGUUUCCCAUCACGCUGCUGAAGCUGUCUACGUCAGUAAAAUGUUUGGAUAUGAGCGCCUCCCGCAAUAAACUUGCUGUGGUGGAUGAGCAUAACACUCUGUCCGUCUAUGACGUCAACAGCGAAGAACUGCUUUUUCAGGAGCCUAACGCUAACAGCGUUGCCUGGAACACCCAGUGUGAGGACAUGCUGUGCUUCUCUGGUAAUGGCUACCUUAAUAUAAAGGCUAGCAACUUUCCUGUACACCAGCAGAAGAUGCAAGGCUUUAUGGUCGGCUACAAUGGCUCAAAGAUAUUUUGCCUGCAUGUCUAUUCCAUGUCAGCGGUGGAGGUGCCUCAGUCAGCACCCAUGUACCAGUACCUUGAGAGGAAGCUAUUUAAGGAGGCCUACCAGAUUGCUUGUCUGGGUGUGACAGAAAGUGACUGGAGAGAUUUGGCUACAGAAGCCCUGGAGGGACUUGACUUUGAAACUGCCAAGAAGGCCUUCAUUAGAAUCAGAAACUUGCGGUACCUGGAGCUGAUCAACAGCAUUGAGGAGAGGAAGAAGCGGGGUGAGAACGACAACGAGCUGUUCCUGGCAGACGUCUAUGCCUUCCAGGGGAAAUUCCACGAGGCAGCCAAGCUCUACAAACGCACCGGCCAUGAGUCCAGAGCCCUAACCAUGUACACUGACCUGCGGAUGUUUGAGUACGCCAAGGAGUUUGUUGGGUCCACAGACCCGAAGAGCUCUCGGAUGCUAAUGACCAAACAGGCAGAUUGGGCAAAAAGUAGCAAGGAGCCACGAGCAGCGGCAGAGAUGUAUCUAUCAGCAGGGGAACACGUGAAAGCCAUAGACAUAAUUGGAGAGAACGGCUGGGCAGACAUGCUGAUCGAUAUUGUCCGCAAGUUGGACAAGGCUGAGCGUGAACCACUGGCCAAAUGUGCACUCCAUUUCAAGAGGUUGAAGCACCACGGCUAUGCGUCAGAGACUUAUUCGAAGAUGGGAGACUUGAAGGCUCUAGUGAACCUGCAUGUGGAAACCCGACACUGGGAAGAGGCAUUCCUGCUGGUGGAGAAGCACCCCCAGUUCAAAUGUGACGUCUAUGUGCCUUAUGCCCAAUGGUUGGCUGAAAAUGACCGCUUUGAGGAGGCACAAAAAGCAUUUCACAAAGCUGGCCGUCAGAACGAGGCUGUAAAAGUCCUGGAGCAGCUUACCCACAAUGCAGUGGUGGAGAACAGGUUCAAUGAUGCAGGUUACUAUUACUGGAUGCUUUCUAUGCAGUGUUUGGACAUUGCCAGAGAAAGUGAAGAACAGAGGGAUGAAAUGCUAAAGAAGUUUGAGCGUUUUCAGCAUCUUGCUGAACUUUACCAUGUCUAUCGCUCCAUUCAGCGUUACACGGAUGAGCCCUUCAGCUCCCACAUGCCAGAGACACUCUUCAACCUCUGCAGGUUCCUCCUCAACAACCUGACCAAGGACAUACCACCAGGCAUUUCUAAAGUUAACACUUUGUAUACGUUGGCCAAGCAGAGUCGAAACCUUGGUGCAUAUAAGCUCGCCAGGUAUUCUUACGAGAAGCUCCAGGAACUGCACAUCCCCCGCUUCCUGGAGUCCAUAGAGCUGGGCAGCCUCACCAUUCGCUCCAAGCCCUUCCAUGACAGUGAGGACCUUAUUGAAGGCAUGAUGUGCUACCGUUGCUCCACCAACAACCCACUUCUAAACAAUCAGGGGAGUGUGUGCACCAACUGCAGGCAGCCUUUCAUCUACUCAGCUUCAUCAUAUGAGGUGCUGCCUCUGGUGCAGUUCUACCUGGAAGAGGGUAUCAUUGAUGAAGAGGCUCUGUCUCUUAUUGACCUGGAAGUUCCUCACACAGAUCAAAGGAACGCACGGGGUCAGGAUAUGGAUAACGGCGAGCUGCAAUCUUUGAGGAUAGAUGAUGGUUUGGACGAUGCGGAGGAAGAUCCAUUUACAACCAAAAUGAGCUUUGAGCAAGGAGGCUCCACCUUUGUCCCAGUCAAGGUGAGCCGUUCGGUGCUGCGCUCUAUGAGCAGAAGGGACGUCUUGAUCAAACGUUGGCCCAGGCCCCUCAAAUGGGAAUACUUCCGCUCACUGCUGCCAGAUGUGAGCAUCACUAUGUGCCCCACCUGCUUCAAGAUGUUUCACAGUGAGGAUUACGAGCUGCUGGUGCUACAACACAACUGCUGUCCUUACUGCCGCAGAGCCAUCGAUGAACCAAACUGAUCUACUUUAAAAUGGAGCAGCUUAAUCAAACUUUUCACUGUUUUGUACAUUCAAAUGUUUGUCACUUUCUUCUAUAUUUCAUUUUCUGUAUUCUCUAACUGUUUUUACAUUUGUAUUGUAAUAUAGAUUCCACUGUAGUCUGCUGUGAGGAUAUUACAGCGCUACCCUGUUACUGAGGCUCUGUCUGAAUAGCAGCCCUUUGUUGUCCAAGGAUGAAAAGCUGAAGUAAUACCUUUAGUCUUUGAGUCUAGGCCCUUGUAGAGUGUAAGAGAAAUGCACCAUCAGCCACUCAGUCCAACUGGAUUAACGGGAUCAGAUUACCUUGGAUGGUCUAUAAAGACAUUAUAACUGGGUGUACAGUGUAAAAAUGGGAUUAAGAAAUUGUAUUUGACAAAAACAUUCAUUUGAUGACUAAAAAGAUCUUUCAGUCGACAUGCCUGCUAGGAAAGACCAGAUUAAAUGUAGCGAAGCAAUCAGUUAAACUUGAAAAUAAGAUCAAAUACAAAGGCAGGUUCUUGAAUUUCAACCCAAAUUAUCUCCUUUUGUGACUCACUAUGUGGCCAGGAAUGAUUUUCUGAAAUAAUCAAGGUGUUCAUUCUACUAUUCUACUUCUAUUUAUCCACUCCCAUUUGUUGUCAAACCGCAAUAUAGUCUUUUAA